AUGAGCCAAGCGAAACUGACGAGGACUCAAUCGUCGUUGCUGAGAUCAUCUCCGACGAUUCGAUCUUCGAUUCACAGUCUCUCAUCAAUAACAGAAUGCGAUUUCGACGAAAUCUCUCACCACCGGAAUCAGGAUCUGGAAGCUGGCGAGAAAGAGGAGAAGCAGAGGAGAAGAAAACAACAGUCGAAAUCAUUCGGGUCGACCCGGAUAAAACCGGGUCUCACCUUCACGCUCGCUUCCCUCUCCUUCCUCAGCCUCUCCUCCUUCUUACUAUUCUUCGUCUUCUCCCAAACCGGUGAGAUUCUCACGUCGGAGAAUCUUCUGCUCGGUUUGAUCUUCGUCGCCGUCGCUCUCUUCUUCGCGUCGCGAAACAUGGCGGUUAUCACCCAAACCGUAAUCGCAAUCAAACACAUCCGCGAAGAAACCGGUAAAAAGCUGGGCCUCCGAAUCAAACACAAACCGAAACCGGUUCAGUGGUACAUCGGCGAUUCGAAUCAGGAAUCGAUCAAACCCGUCAGAGAAGAAGAAGAAGAGAGACUAAUCGUCAGCGAAGGAGUCCAAUUCUUCAGCAAUGGAGAUUUCUACGAAGGAGAGUUUCACAGAGGUAAGUGCAACGGAAAUGGAGUUUACUAUUACUUCGUUAAUGGAAGAUACGAAGGAGACUGGAUCAAUGGAAGAUACGAUGGGUAUGGAAUCGAGUGUUGGUCUAAAGGAAGCAAGUACAAAGGACAGUACAAGCAAGGACUGAGACAUGGUUAUGGAGUUUACUUGUUUUACACCGGAGAUUCUUACUCCGGCGAGUGGUUCAACGGUCAAAGCCAUGGCUUUGGUGUUCAAACCUGCGCUGAUGGCAGCUCUUACGUUGGAGAAUUCAAAUUUGGUGUCAAACAUGGACUUGGAUCUUACCAUUUCAGAAAUGGAGAUAAAUACGCAGGAGAGUAUUUUGGAGAUAAGAUUCAUGGAUUCGGUGUUUACCAAUUCGCAAAUGGUCACUAUUAUGAAGGAGCUUGGCACGAAGGUCGUAAACAAGGCUAUGGCACGUAUGGAUUCAGGACCGGUGAUACCAAAUGCGGUGAAUGGGAUGAUGGUAAUCUUGUAAACCGGCUUCCUCCUGAAACCCACCCGGUUCAGAGAGCGGUUCAGAGCGCUCGAGAGAUGGCGAGAAAAGGAGUAAACCAGAGAAGGGUGGAUGAGGAGGUGGUACGAGCUGUGGCGGCGGCUAACAAAGCUGCGACGGCGGCGAGAGUGGCAGCUGUGAAAGCCGUUCAGAAUCAGAUGGAUGGUAAACUUUGUGAAAGGUGA